CCCCAGCAGGUCAGGACUGGUGACAGCCUCCAUAUAUUUAAAGAGGGCUGGAGCCCUCCACACUCAGUUGAGCCCAACAGAGACCACACAGGGAGACUUGACCUUGGUCGGAGUCUUCAACAUGCCGAACUGGGGCGGAGGCGCGAAGUGUGGCGCCUGUGAGAAGACCGUCUAUCACGCGGAGGAGAUCCAGUGCAAUGGAAGGAGCUUCCACAAGACCUGUUUCCACUGCAUGGCCUGCAGGAAGGCUCUCGACAGCACGACAGUGGCGGCUCACGAGUCAGAGAUCUACUGCAAGGUGUGCUAUGGGCGCAGGUAUGGCCCUAAGGGCAUCGGGUACGGACAAGGCGCUGGCUGUCUCAGCACGGACACAGGCGAACACCUUGGCCUCCAGUUCCAACAGUCCCCAAAGCCGGCACGCUCAGCCACCACCAGCAACCCUUCUAAGUUCACCGCAAAGUUUGGAGAGUCAGAGAAGUGCCCUCGAUGUGGAAAGUCAGUCUACGCUGCCGAGAAGGUCAUGGGCGGUGGCAAGCCUUGGCACAAGACCUGUUUCCGCUGUGCCAUCUGUGGGAAGAGUCUGGAGUCCACGAAUGUCACUGACAAAGACGGGGAACUUUAUUGCAAAGUUUGCUAUGCCAAAAAUUUUGGCCCCACAGGUAUUGGGUUUGGAGGCCUGACACAACAAGUGGAAAAGAAAGAGUGAAAAAGGUGCACCAUUUCUCAGAAUCUUCACCAGCUGGAAAUAUUUGCCAGGUAGCCCUGCACAGACAGCAAUGUUUCCUCACAUGGCCUCUCCUUGGUAGCUGGACAGUGAGUCUCUUCAGAAGUGAUCAUGGUCUCUACCCACAGCUGGAAGAGGCCUUUGGAAGAAAAUGAUUUAACACUCAAUCUGUAGCAAAUGAUUUCUUAUUUACAAUGCUUGGGGUAGAAGAGGCAAUAAAUGAAUGUUUUAGUGGUAU